GAGACUUGUGACGUUGGCUCAGUGUGUACAAGAGGGAAGCGCUGGGCAUCAUUUGGGCUGCGGGACUUUUAAGCACUGAUUUAAGGAAGAAGGCUGUGUUAAGGAAAACGGGACUUUUGGGCGGUAUGGAAAUAACCGCUUUAGUUCUGUUGUUGCAGUUUUUACUUAUAAGACUAAGCUUUUGUUUUAAUCUGGAUGUGGAUAAUCCAUUUGUUAAGUCUGGGUCUGAAGGAAGUUACUUUGGAUUUGCAGUUGACUUUUUAAAUUCUGAUUCUUCUGGGUCAUAUUUAUUGGUUGGUGCACCCAAAGCAAAUACCUCCCAGCCUGGCAUUAUCGAAGGUGGAGAUGUGAUUAAAUGUGACUGGAAAAAUUCUGAGUGUCGCUCUGUUGUGUUUGACCCCAAUGGAAACCGGAAUUAUGCUGUAAAUGAAUCUAUAGAAUUUAAAUCCCAUCAGUGGUUUGGGGCAUCAGUUCGUGCUAAACAUAAUAAAAUUAUGGCUUGUGCUCCUUUAUACCACUGGCGGACUGAAAUAAAACAAGAACGGGAGCCUGUUGGAACAUGCUAUUUGAAUGAUGGAAUCACAGUUGUAGAAUAUGCUCCAUGUAGAUCAAAUGCAAAAACUGAUGCUCAAGAACAAGGAUUUUGUCAAGGUGGAUUUAGUAUUGAUUUUACUGAGGACAACAGAGUUCUUCUUGGAGGUCCUGGCAGUUUUUAUUGGCAAGGUCAGCUUAUUUCAGACCAAGUAGAUGAAAUUGUGAAGAAAUACAAACCAGAAAAAUACAGUAUUACUUAUGAAAAUCAAUUGGCUACCCGGCCUGCUAGUCUAUCAUAUGAUGAUAGUUAUUUAGGCUAUUCUGUCACAGUGGGGGAUUUCAGUGGAGAUAAUAUAGAAGAUUUUGUGUCUGGAGUGCCAAGAGCUGCGAAAACGUUAGGAAUGGUGUCUAUUUAUGAUGGAAAAACUAUGACAUCAUUGUAUAAUUUCACAGGAGAACAGAUGGCAGCAUAUUUUGGUUAUUCUGUGGCAACUUCUGAUAUCAAUGGGGAUGGAUUAGUUGAUUUAUUUAUUGGAGCACCUCUCUUUAUGGAUCGUGGAUCAGAUGGAAAGCUUCAGGAAUUGGGCCAAGUGUCUGUUUAUCUCCAGCACAGCACUAAUGGACCACAGCACUUGAUAAAGUUAACAGGUUUUGAAAUAUUUGCAAGAUUCAGCAGCUGUAUUGGACCUCUUGGAGAUAUUGAUGGUGAUGGAUUUAAUGAUCUUGCCAUUGCUGCACCAUAUGGAGGAGUAAACAAAAAAGGUCUUGUUUACAUUUACAAUGGAAGACCAAAUGGUAUGAGUAUUGUGCCAUCUCAGAUUCUCGAAGGACAGUGGGCUUCACAGCAUAUGCCAUCAAGUUUUGGUUAUUCUUUAAAAGGUGCUACUGAUGUUGAUGAAAAUGGAUAUCCAGAUUUACUUGUUGGGGCGUUUGGUGCUGACAAAGCAAUAUUAUACAGGGCAAGACCUGUUAUUACUGUGACAUCGCUUCUGGAGGUGAAUCCAACAAUCCUAAACCCAGAAAGUAAAACCUGCAGCCUUCCAAGUGGUAGUAAAGUUUCUUGUUUUUAUGUGAAAUUCUGUCUGAAAGCUGUUGGUAAAGGAAGAGUACCCCAGGAUCUUCCCUUCCGGGUAGACGUAAUGCUGGAUAAACACAAGCAAAAGGGAGCCAUACGAAGAGCAUUAUUUUUGCACACUAGACUUUCCAGCCACUCUAAGAACAUGACUAUACAAAAUGGAAGUGGUAUGCGCUGUGAAGAACUGCAAGCAUUUUUAAGGGAUGAUUCUGAGUUUAGAGACAAGCUUACUCCUAUAACAAUUUUCAUGGAAUUCCAAAUGGAUUAUAAAUCUACUGCUGAUUCAAGUGGACUGUUGCCUAUCCUAAAUCAAUUUACUCCAACAAACAUAACUAAACAGGCACACAUUUUGUUGGAUUGUGGUGAAGACAAUAUUUGCAAGCCCAGUUUGAAAUUGUCAGUUGAAAGUGAACAGAAGAAAAUUUUCAUAGGUGAUGACAGCCCGUUGACUUUAAUUGUCAAUGCUCAGAAUCAAGGUGAAGGAGCCUAUGAAGCUGAACUUGUGGUCCAGAUGCCACCAGAGACAGAUUUUAUUGGAGUUAUUCGAAAUAAUGAGACGUUUUCAAGGUUAUCUUGUGCCUUUAAGACUGAAAAUAAAACACAUCUCGUGGUUUGUGAUCUUGGAAAUCCUAUGAAAGCUGGAACUCAGAUUAAAGCAGCAUUGCUUUUUAGUGUUCAUCAGCUAACUGAAAUGGACAAUUCAGUGAAGUUUGACUUGCAGAUUCAAAGCUCAAACCAGUAUGAAAAUUCAAGCACUGUUCAAUCAAUAGAGAUUGCCCUUGCAGUACUAGCAGCCGUUGAAGUUAGAGGUGUCUCAACUCCAAAUGAAGUAUUCUUGCCUAUUGCAAAUUGGGAACAAAAAAUGAAUCCAGAAACAGAAGAGGAUAUUGGACCCUUAGUUCAACACAUCUUUGAGUUGCGAAAUAAUGGUCCAAGUGGGUUUAGUAAAGCAAUCCUUAAUCUGCAGUGGCCUUACAGAUACAACAAUGACACUUUGCUUUAUAUUGUUAAAUAUGAAAUUGAUGGACCCAUGAACUGCACCUCUGAUGUGGAAAUCAACCCUUUAAAUGUGAAGAUUUCAGCUUCACAAUCGAAUGAGAAAAACGAAUCUAGAGUUCCUGACAACCGUCAACGUAAUCGCCGUGAUCUAACUGCAAUGAAUGGACAUUUGCAGACCCUUGGGUGUGGCCAAGCUGACUGUCUGAAGAUUGAAUGCCAUGUUGGACGACUAGACAAAGGAAAGAGUGCAAUAUUAUAUGUGAGGUCAAGGCUAUGGACUCUAACAUUUUUAAAAAAUGGGAACCAGAAUCAUUCAUACUCUCUAAAGUCAUCUGCUUCAUUCAGUGUUCUUGAAUUCCCUUAUAAAAACAUACAUAUACCAGAUAUACAGAAUUCUACCGUGGUUACAACAAAUAUACUAUGGGUUAAUCAGGCUGCCAGUUUGCCAGUGCCAGUAUGGGUGAUUAUACUUGCUGUCUUAUCUGGUUUGCUGCUGUUGUCCCUAAUGGUGUUCAUAAUGUACAAGUUGGGUUUCUUCAAACGUGUUCGUCCACCACAAGAGGAGGCUGAAAGAGAGCAGCUUCAACCACAAGAAAAUGGUGAAGGAAUUACAGAUACAUAAUAUAGAAAGUACAAAUAAAAACACGUGUAACACCUUUAUAACACCUGAAAGCUUUUAUUUCAUAUGUACUAUCGCCUUCCACUAUCUGCAUUAUUCUGUAUCAUAUACCUUUUGUAAGUGUUUUACUUAAACAAGCAAGCAAGCUACAGAAUCCAAAAUACAAAUCUGCUAUGCAAUUAUACAAAGUAACAAAUAAAACAACUCUACUAUAUAAUUACUCUAACUCUAAACAGUAUUUUUCAGCUUUAAUGAAGCAUCCCAAAUCUUAUUGAAUAUUGAGUGUUUUGCUUUAUUUUGGUACACUAUAUGAACUUAAAUGAGAUAAUCAUUAAUCACUGAUUUCCAAGCAUUAACAGACAUGUUUCCUGCUUGCUUUCACCUCAUGGCUGUGGUUUUCCUGCCAAAAAGAGAGCCUUCCUGAUAAAUUUUUGUUUUGUAAAGAAACAAUUUUCCUGCGAUACAUAUGUCAAUUACCUUUGGAAUUCAAAUUACUGACAUCAUUUUAGAUACUUUAUUCCAUAAAGUUCUAACUAUAGAGCAGUCCCAAAUUAAAUGUGUAAAACCUGCCCUUUUCAUCUUAUUUAAGAUAACAAUCCUCUCGAAUACCAGCCUACUUAAGUCAUGCUGAACUGAUAUUUACCUGGUCAGUAUCAAUAGCUGUGAAAAUCUAGUUGUUACUACUGUACAAGUAAAAUCCAUAGCUGAUUUUGCCACUUCUCCUCCGUCCACGAAAUCCUUAUAAAUCUAUGAUCUUAUAUGUUUUUUAAUAAGGAUAAGGAGAUUAAAAUUUAUAAGGAUGGCCAAACACACACUGAUAAUCGGUUUCGUACGAUUUUCAAACUGUGUGUUGACUCGGAAUUAUCUUUUUAAUAAUUUUCAUAUCAUGUCGAUCAAUCGCUUAGUUGAUUGGACAGGUUAGAAAUUUUCAGUCAGUAAACAAUAAAAUCUGUGCAUGUAUUUUGUAUCUGAAGAGUUUAGAAUAUCCGAUUUGUUAUUUUUAGGUCUUUAAUCCUAUAAUUUCUAUCUGAAUGUUAUUUUUCGAUUGUUGCAUUCAAAAGAACGAUAUCCUCAUGUGGAUAACCUUAUGAGGUUAGUCAGCAAUCUGGGUAAUAUAUCCAGUUACAGCAUGCAGUGAAGACACAGCUGCCUAAUGGCUCUAUCUGACAAAAUGUGACCUGCAUAUUCGAAAAUCUGUUUUAGAACUUCUAAACUUGACAGUCUUUAAAACUCAAGGUUAAAAGAUAAUUUCUCAGCUUAUCUGCUCUGUAUUGUUUCCCCCAGUCUUCAACUCACACCUCUUGUAGGUGCAGCAUUGGGGGGUUUAUUAGCACAGUGCAGUCCAAAUUCUGUGGUAACAAGGGCCACAAUUUUUCUGGUCUACAUGGUUCAGGGCCAAUAAUGGAAGCCAGUUUUGGCCACUACCCUUUUUCCCCACUCCCCUUAAAUCCAUAAUCCCCCCUGUGGAUAGCACAGCUUGGACAAAGGUAAGCCUUCAGACAGGCGGCCAGACAGACAGGGGGGCACACAGGGGGCCUCGGGUCGCCAGUUGGACAGCACUGUAUUAGCAUAUUAAUGGGGAGUUGCAAUGUAUUGUUAGGGGACAAAUUUCUGUCUAACCCUAGAACAAUAGGUGCAAAAAGUCUAAUUAACUGUUUUACAAACAACGAUAACACUGAUUAAACAAAAAGUGUAAUUUAUACAAUUUUAUAGAUAAAAAGUUAACUCACACUUGCAUUAUUAUGCUAGUUUCAGUUUAAUGAUUGAGGCAAUAAUAGCGUUUGUGUGAAUAAAUUAUAUAAUUAUUUUAACAUGGCAAGCUGGAGAUGCUAACUUAUGUUUAACUACUGCCUUGGAUCCUAAAUACUUUCUGGCCUAUUCUUAAAUAAGACCUGGUUCUUCAGGGGUUAUUACCAGAUAAAAUUCCAGUGAUUAAUAAAAAGAAUAAACAUUAAAGGACCUAUUAGCCCUGUCUAUGUUAAGGAAGCAUGGAAAUUUAAAUAGAAAUAUGGGGAAUUGUGAUAGUGUAUUUCUUAGUUUUUCUAUUGACACUGUUGGCAAUGUAAGAAAUGUACAAGCUACUGUAGGCUAUUUUUGGCCAAAAAAAGGGCAAACUGGACAGAUUGGACUGAUCAGACUGGGCAGAUGCAUUGCCUGUCCCAGAAAAGUUUUAUCUUUUAAGGGAGGUUAUCAGUCAAUUACCAACCAUAUUAUUAAAUAAUUUUUCAAUUGCCCUAGGGAUUUUGCGAUAUAUUUGAUAGAAUGUCCUUGUAACUUUUAGAACUAGGUUAUAUGAGCAUUUAUAUAAGAUCAGAACGGAAUCAGAACUCUUUUGUAUAGUGCAUAUAGAAGUAAACUAAAAGUAAUGGGUGGUAAUUGAGAGAUUUUCUUAAAUCAGCGUGAAUUGUUUUGGAUAUAUACUUUGAAUACAAUUUCUACAGCCGGACUGAAUGAGUAAUUUAGUAUUAAAUGCUUUAUAUUAAAAAAAAGAUGUGUGAUAAAGAUAUAAUGAUUUUGUGAUAUAACAGCACAAUAGGUUGGUUUAUAGACUUGUAUUAUAGUUAGGAUGAAGUUGUUUGGUUGAUUUCCUAUACAUUUUAUUAUUGAUAACCUAAGACAGGAUGUUGCUAUUGUUCUGUGCGAUGCAAAUGAUGAGUGGAUAUUAUAUCCAGCUGGUAUUUGUAGAUGUAAUAAUAAUAUUAAUACUUUUAUUUUUAUUUUAGUUGGGACAAAAUUAUCUAUGCUUAUUUCUAACUUUGUUAUGAAUCUCAAUUGGUAUCCUAAGGUGGGAUGUUGCAAUUAUUUUAUGUGAUGUAAAUGAUGAGCGGCUAUUAUAUUCAAUGGCGUUAGAUGAGCAAGUUUGAUGUAAAUAAUGGGCGGCUAUUAUAGCCAAUAGCGUUAGAUGAGCAAGUGUGAUGUAAAUGAUGGACGGCUAUUAUAGCCAAUAGCGUUAGAUGAGCAAGUGUGAUGUAAAUGAUGGACGGCUAUUAUAGCCAAUAGCGUUAGAUGAGCAAGUGUGAUGUAAAUGAUGGACGGCUAUUAUACCUAAUGGUGUUAGAUGAGCGAGUAUUUGUAGAUGUGUUACAGGCCUCACUUCCGCAGAUCCCUUGAGAAAGCGUGCAUGCAUAAAACAUGCAGGUUAUUGGUACACCAACAUUACAAUGAUUACAAACUGCAUAGAUACUUUUUAAUAUAAUGGAGUCAGAUUAAAAGGGUGUAGUUUUAAGUAUACCUGGCCAGGUUCUUGAUAUUUAACAAGUGUCUGUAAUUAUUUGAGGCUUUUUUGAGGCUUUUACUGAUUUAGAUUUCAGCACAUGAGGUUACGAUUUUAACUAUAACAAGAUCAUUAUUAAGCAUUGGAUUUACUAGCUCGCUUUUUAUAUGCAGAAAGUAAACUUUGGAAUAUUACAUAUUUUAUUUUAUGGAAACGCUUCUCACCUACUGUGGAAUUUUAUGAUUGAGUGGAUUUAUACAGUAUGUAAAGUGUGCAGUUUUUAUUGUGAAAAAUGAUUAAAGACAUAAUUUUUAAACCUUU